CGAGUUCUUGUUAGCUCAUACAUAUCUAAUCUAGGCGACCUCUCUCCUGCUAAAUAUGAGCCGAAGUUGGAGUUAGGAGUAACCGCUUUGCAAGUCAUUUCAAUUUAGGCGUCUUACUUGGUGCCCGUAAAUACAAAUCAUCAUACUCGUCGAGUCGGCGCGCGAAUACUUGCUUGUGUGCUGGGUUGGGCCAGCGGUUCGGUAACGUCGCCAAGCCAAGAGGAGCCCAAGUAGGGACCUUAUGAUGCAUUACUGAACAACAGAUUAUCUCCCAGGUCCCACGCAACCUUCACGCAGCCAGCUGCUACAAUGGCGGGCAGCCCUAUUCCACGUGACCCGGUCUACAUGACCUACAUCACAAAUCACAACACGCCGCUUGGGCCGGCAACCCCCGGUCGCAGCACCUCACCCUAUCGACCCGCCACUGGCCUCACACAUACCGACCUACAGCUGCAGGGUGCCAAGGGCGUGUACUCCCACUUCCACCGCCCCUUCAACGACCACUCCCGCUACCUGGCAGUGGCGUCCGAGACCGACCGAGCUGCCUAUCGUGACGCUCCCCGACUGGCGCCGCCGCCCUGGGAUGGCAGCCCGCCCGGACAGGACCGCUCCCAGCGGCCCUUCACGGCGCCUGGCAGCGGCCGCCGGUACGGCUCCCCAGGGGGCUACGCCGGUGCUGACGUGGGCGCGGCGGUGGACGUGGGGGAAGCAACCCUGCUCGACAACAUGACCACACGCACAGGCGCGCCCUGCUACACCAGCGCCUCCCUGAUCGAGGCGGAUCUGGUCACCGGCACGCCGGUGCUUGAGGAGGUGGUGGCGACGGAGCGCGGCGGCCCAGAGGACUGGCGGCUGGCACGAGUGCAGACGUACUCGGUGCCGCCCUCGCGGACCGGGUACGGAGACGGCGGCGUGCGACCCUUCCACCAGGACUACCGGCACUACAAGUACUACGGCUUUGCGGGGCACGGCGCCAAGACCAGCUGGGCUCACAAUCCCAAAUACAACCGGACAUAUGCCGACAUGUUCACAAGUAGCACCGACUCCACCUCGCCGGUGUCGUCUGUUGACUCGCCGCCCGCCCAGCCGCUCCAGCCCUACGUGGGGGGUCCCAAGCGGCCGCUCACACGGGCUGAGAAGGCGUUGGUCGGGCAGUUCAGCUGGCACAGCUACGCGGCUGAGGGUGUUCCCGCGGACCCGCACGUGGCGGAGCUACUCACGGACGUGGCCACCGGCCGGCCCCCCAGCCCCGAGACCCUGCGGCGGCUCAAGGUGACGGGCCAGGCACGGCCGCGCUCGGCGGCGGCUGGGGCUGCGGCGAAGAGCAUGACGCGAGCGGAGGUCAUUGAGCCCUUCAACGCCAAGGUGGACAUAGAGGCGCGCCAGCCGCUGCCGCCCGACACGCCCAUGUACGGCAACAACCGCGCAGCGCGGGUCACAACCUACAGGCAGAUGGCCAGCCCGUACGCGGGGGAGCUGAACCGCUCGCCCAACAUGGGCUCCCAGAGCCCCUGGCACCAGCGCUACGGGCACUACAAGUACUCGGGCUUCGCGGGCAAGGGCGCCAGCAGCAGCUGGGCGCGCAACCCCAAGUACGCCCAGAUGUACGACUGAUGGGCGCGGGUGGCGGAGGGCGGCGAUAGCGGGCAGCACGCUUGCGGUGGUUCUGUGCUGCGUGUGUCGACUGGGUAAGGGGAGCGAUGUCUGGUGAAGGACGGAAGGCAUACUGGCUGGGCAGGGCGCACAUCGCUGGUUCGCGUGUGGGCAUGUCGGCAUGGUUGGCGGGUCCGCAUCUUGGAAUGAGUCGGCCUACCCCCACUUCAAGGUAUCUUGUUUGCGGUCUUUUACAUGGACGUAUAUGCUGAUAGGGAUAUGGAGGAACCGACGCCAGGAAAGUGGCGACUUUUAGCCUGACCUUGCGUGGCUCGCGCGAGGGUCGGUCGCGCUGGAAAGGCGAAAACAAUUCAUUGCACCAGCCCCGAGGCCACUUGCCCCACACACAACAUAGAUACAUAUUAUAUAUGUAAUAUGAAAUACUCGCACAGGCAAGCAGCCGCAUGGCGCAGCCUGCUUGGACUCGGCUUGUGACCAUAGACGCAUGACUACAGCAUACUGGCUGGGCAGGGCGCACAUCGCUGGUUCGCGUGUGGGCAUGUCGGCAUGGUUGGCGGGUCCGCAUCUUGGAAUGAGUCGGCCUACCCCCACUUCAAGGUAUCUUGUUUGCGGUCUUUUACAUGGACGUAUAUGCUGAUAGGGAUAUGGAGGAACCGACGCCAGGAAAGUGGCGACUUUUAGCCUGACCUUGCGUGGCUCGCGCGAGGGUCGGUCGCGCUGGAAAGGCGAAAACAAUUCAUUGCACCAGCCCCGAGGCCACUUGCCCCACACACAACAUAGAUACAUAUUAUAUAUGUAAUAUGAAAUACUC